GAGAUUGGGGUACCUCAUACGAUUUAAUCCAUAGUGAAGGAGAAUGUCAAUAGUCACAGUACAGCUUGGUCAAUGUGGUAACCAAAUUGGUUAUGAGGUGUUUAAUGCUAUCUGCAGUGACUUCCACAGCGCACAUGGACUGUGUUCCAAGAAGGAGAAUGAAUCCUACCAGGAAGCUUCCAAGGAACGUUUCUUCAGCGAGGAGAAAACGGGGGUACCUGUUGCCCGGGCUGUACUUGUUGACAUGGAACCUAAAGUAAUCAGUCAGACCCUAUCAAUGGCUGCUAAGUCUGGCCACUGGAAAUAUGACCAUCAGUCACACUUCUGUCAGAAACAGGGGUCUGGAAACAACUGGGCAAAUGGUUACUCUGUUCAUGGGCCCAGGUACAGAGAAGUUAUCAUGAACCUCGUGCAGAAGGAAGCAGAGAAGUGUGACCGACUCAGUGGAUUUUUCACAGUCAUGAGCCUGGCUGGUGGUACAGGAUCAGGCAUGGGAGCCUUUGUAACCCAGUGCUUAAGAGAUGCUUUCCCAACUUCAUUUAUACUCAACCAGGUCAUCUGGCCAUACGGAACUGGUGAGGUGAUUGUUCAAAACUACAACUCAGUUCUGACCCUCUCACACCUGUACCAGUCGUCAGACGCUCUCCUUGUUCAUGAAAAUGAUGCCAUCCACAAGAUCUGUGCUCAGCUAAUGAAUAUUAAAAAGAUCUCCUUCAGGGACGUAAAUCAAGUAAUUGCACAUCAGCUGGGAAGUGUGUUCCAGCCCACUUAUUCCUCAGGAGGCGCCUCCCGGUAUAGCAGAAGCCCACUAGGAGACUUAAUGGAAUCUUUAGUUCCCCAUCCUGAAUUCAAGAUGUUGGGUCUUCGUAACAUACCUCAGAUGUCAGAGAACUCCCUGGCAUACAGCACAUUUACUUGGCCUGGGCUCAUCAAACAUCUAAGACAGAUGCUAAUUGCUAAUGCUAAGAUGGAAGAAGGUAUCGAUUGGCAGGUGCGACCACCCCUACCAGGGAAUCCUGUCCCCCCCAAAGCCUCUCCAAAUAAGGCACUACAUUUUAACACUUCCAUUGCCAACCUGGUUGUUCUGCGAGGAAAAGAUGUGCAAAGCGUGGAUCUAGGAGGUUUCAAAGAUCCAGCUUUGUACACAUCAUGGCUAAGCCCUCAAGAUGCCUUUAACGUGUGGAAAAUGCCAAGGGCCUUUAACAAGUAUGAAAAAUCGGCUACUUUGGUCAGCAAAGAAAACAUUGUGGGGAAAGCCUGGAAUAUGUUUGCUUCCAAAGCUUAUGUUCACCAAUACACUAAGUUUGGGAUUGAAGAGGAGGACUUCCUGGACUGCUUCACAACUCUGGAACAGGUCAUCUCUAGUUAUGCCAGCCUUUGAUUUUGAACUGCUCACCAAUAAGAGUUUGUCAGAGAGAGUACACGCUGAAAAGCCUCCUGUUUCAAUGCUGCCCCAACCAGAAGUAGCUAAGGACGGUAUUGGAGUGUACAGAGUGAGGUUUGGUUUUUUGGGAGUUUUUUGGUGAUGAAAUAGUAAUCUGCAUCAGGACUGAAUACAUUUCUUGUCUGCCAUAUGUAUUGUGUAUAUAAUGAAUUUAUACAUUAAAUAUUUAAUAAACAUUUUUCAGUACAUUCUCCUUAAUUUGAAGCCCUCUAACUUUUUCUCCUUCUCCCUCAGCUGUGCAUAUUUUUCCUGAAGAAUUUCCAUAGCCUGAACAGUUUUUUUCAGGUUGAAAUCUAGCCUCUAAGCUAAUAUUAGCUAUCCUACUAUAGUAGGACUGAAGGAUGCUGUUAGUUACAAUUGUGAUACAAUCUGAUCUUUAGUUUUUUUUAAAACUUUACAUUCUAAUACUUAGCCCUGAAAAUAUUUUCCCAAUAGCCCCCAAAAUAUCCAUGAUCAAAGUAGUAGUAAUAAAAAUACAGAAGCAUAAUUUACC